GCAUUUUUGUCUUCCGUGAGCCAAACCGGGGUCACAGGCUCCCAAAAAACGCAUGAAAUCUCGGCUACUGUUGGCAGCGGGACCCACAACCGGCAAACUCUCUAACAUGAGGAGGACUCUUGGCUGUAACCCUGCCCAGAACGGAGGCUGCUGGUAGGGAUGGUGCCGCUGUGAAGAGCCGGUGUACCCGCUUCGGAGGACAUGCCUGCGGUCGGGGGGAAAGGAAAGAAGUGCCUGGACAACAUGACUGUUUUCAAUCAAGAAAAUGUUGAGGAUUUUUAUGAGAUUGGAGACGAGCUGGGGAGCGGUCAGUUUGCUGUGGUCAGAAGAUGUCGGCACAGAAUUACGGGUGUGGAGUACGCCGCCAAAUCCAUCAAAAAGCGACGCAGCAAGUCGAGUCGACGAGGGGUGACGAGGGAGGACAUCGAACGCGAGGUGAACAUCCUGAAGGAGAUCCAGCACCCCAACAUCAUCACGCUCCACGAGGUCUUUGAAAACAAGGCGGAGGUCAUCCUGAUCCUGGAGCUCGUGGCCGGCGGUGAGCUCUUUGACUUCCUGGCAGAGAAGGAGUCACUGAGCGAGGAGGAGGCCACUCAGUUCCUCAAACAGAUCCUGGACGGAGUCUUCUACCUGCACGCCAAACAAAUCGCUCACUUUGACCUUAAGCCGGAGAACAUCAUGCUGCUGAACCGCUCAGUGCUUCACCCGCGCAUCAAGCUCAUUGAUUUCGGCCUGGCCCACAAGAUGGAUUUUGGCAAUGAUUUUAAAAACAUUUUUGGAACUCCAGAGUUUGUAGCUCCAGAAGUCGUCAACUAUGAACCUUUGGGCCUGGAGGCAGACAUGUGGAGUGUCGGUGUGAUAACCUACAUCCUUCUGAGUGGUGCGUCUCCAUUCCUGGGCGACAAUAAGCAGGAGACUCUGGCCAACGUGUCGGCCGUCGACUACACAUUUGAUGAGGAGUUCUUCAGCGGCACCAGCGUCCUGGCCAAAGACUUCAUAGCACGGCUCCUCGUCAAAGAUCCAAAAAAGAGAAUGACGAUUCAGGACAGCCUCCAGCACCCCUGGAUCAAGCCAAAAGACACUCAACAAGCACUGAGCAGAAAGGAGUCGGCGGUCAACAUGGAGAAGUUCAAGAAGUUUGCAGCUCGAAGAAAAUGGAAACAAUCCGUCCGACUUAUCUCCUUAUGCAACCGCCUGUCCCGCUCCUUCCUGUCCAGAAGCAACAUAAGUGUGGCGCGCAGCGACGACACGCUGGAUGAGGAAGACUCCUUUGUGAUGAAGGCCAUCAUUCACGCCAUAAACGACGACAACGUGCCCGGUCUGCAGCACCUGCUCGGCUCCUUGAACAGCUACGACGUCAACCAGCCAAACAAGCACGGGACUCCUCCCCUCCUGAUCGCAGCCGGCUGCGGCAACAUUCAGAUCAUUGAGGUGCUGAUGAGGAAAGGCGCAGAGAUCCAGGCCCACGACAAGAGUGGAGCCAACGCUAUCUACUACGCAGCGAGACACGGCCACGUCGAGACCCUGAAAUUCCUCCAUGAAAAGAAAUGCCCUCUGGAUGUCCAAGAUAAGUCUGGAGAGACAGCUCUUCAUGUGGCGGCUCGCUACGGCAACGUGGAUGUGGUGAGCUACCUGUGCAGCAUCCGGGCCAACCCAGACCUGGCGGACAGGGAGCAGGAGACCCCGCUGCAUUGCGCUGCAUGGCACGGAUACUCGCCAGUAGCCAGAGCGCUCUGCCAGGCAGGUUGCCACGUGGAUGCAAAGAACCGUGAGGGGGAGAGUCCGCUGCUGACGGCAUCUGCUCGGGGCUUUGUGGACAUUGUAGAGUGCCUGGUGGAGCACAGGGCCGACCUAGAGGCGACUGACAAGGACGGCCACACAGCCCUCCACUUGGCCGUGCGGAGGUGUCAGAUUGUGGUCCGCUGCCUCCUCAGACACCACUGCCACCUGGACCAGCAGGAUCGCCAUGGUAACACACCGCUGCACAUCGCCUGUAAAGACGGAAACCUGCCAGUCGUCACAGCGCUCUGCAGCGCCAAGGCCAGUCUCGACCUCCCCAACAAGUACGGCAGAACUCCCCUCCACCUGGCUGCAAACAACGGGAGCCUUGAGGUUGUCCGUCAUCUCUGCUUGGCCGGCGCUAACAUCGACGCCGUCACCAACGACGGGAAGACAGCAGAGGAUUUGGCUCACACUGAUCAACAUGAACCCAUCGUUUCUUUGUUGGGAAAGCUUAAAAAGGACAACCACAAGCUGAGCUACAUCCAGCAGCUGCGGCCCACUCAGACCGUGCAGCCCAGGAUCAAGCUGAAGCUGUUCGGACACUCCGGAGCCGGGAAGAGCACCCUGCUGGAGUCUCUGAAGUGCGGCAUCCUGCGCAGCUUCUUCAGGAGGAAGAGGACACGCAUGACCAACACAACACGCCACCCCAACUCCCCCGUCAACUCCAAACCUACUGUGUCGGUGAGUAUUUCCAACCUGUACCCGGGCUGUGAGAACGUGAGCGUGCGGAGUCGCAGCAUGAUGUUUGAGCCCAGCCUCACCAAAGGAGUCCUGGAGGUCUUCUCCCCCGUCCACAACGCUCUGUCCGCAGCUGACGAUCAGGCCACAAAGGCCAUCGACAUCCAGCACGGCAACAUCCACGGUGUUGGGGAGUUCAGCGUGUGGGAGUUUUCGGGGAACCCGGUGUAUUACUGCUCCUACGACUACUUUGCAGCCAACGACGCCACCGCGAUCCACCUGGUCCUGUUCAGCCUGGAGGAGCCGUACGAGACUCAGCUGGGACACAUCACCUACUGGCUGAACCUGCUGAAAGCCCUCAGCCUGCCGCAGGACAACAUCGCCUUCGGAGGUCGUGUCCAGCAGCCUCUCAUGGUCGUCCUGGUGGCGACGCACGCGGACCUCGCUGAUGUCCCCAGAGCCUUUUCUGGAGAGUUCACCUACAACAAGGAGAAAGCGCUGCUCAAGGAAGUGAGGAACAGAUUUGGGGUCGACCUGCAGAUCAGCGACAAAUUGUUUGUGAUGGACGCCGGAGCCUCGAACUCCAAAGAUGUGAAGCUGCUGCGGAGUCACCUGCAGGAGCUUCGUGCCAACAUCAUCUCAAGGUGCAGUCCCAUGACGCUGCUGUCGGAGCGGUUGCUGGCCACCCUGCCGACCUGGAGGAAGCUGAGCGGACCCAACCAGCUGACGUCGUGGCAGCAGUUUGUCAGCGACGUCCAGGAACACAUCAACCCUCUGGUCAGCCAGGAGCACCUCCGCACACUGGCCCUGCAGCUGCACAGCAUGGGGGAGAUCAACAUCAUGCAGAGCGAGACGGUGCAGGACGUCGUCCUGCUGGAGCCUCGCUGGCUCUGCAGCAACGUCCUUGGCAAGCUGCUCUCCGUGGAGACGCCCAAGGCCAUCCACCACUACAGGGGGCGCUACAGGCUGGAGGAGGUGCAAGCUCUGGCCCCUGAGAGCGACGUGGACGAGCUGCUGCAAAUUCUGGACGCCAUGGACGUCUGCGCUCGUGACACCACCAACCCCUCCAUGGUGGACGUUCCCGCCCUCAUCAAGACGAACGGCCUCCAUCGCUCCUGGACCGAGGAAGAGGAGGAGGAGUCGCUGUUGUACGGCGGGGUACGACUCGUCCCCGCAGAGCACCUGACCCCCUUCCCCUGUGGACUGUUUCACAAACUGCAGGUGAACCUGUGCCGCUGGAGCCACCAGCAGAAGCCGGAGGAGGAGGGCGGGGAAGAUUUCGACGGAGAUAUCCACCUGUGGACCAACGGGGCCAAGGUGAGCCAGGGAGUAGUCGAGGCCAUGAUCCUGCUGGUUAACCACGGCCAGGGGGUGGAGAUUCAGGUGCGCGGCCACGACUCGGAGCGGGCCAAGUGCUACACCCUGUUGGACACCAUCUGUAGUAUAACGGAGAACCUGCUGGCCUCCACGCUCCCCGGACUGCUCACAGCCAAAUACUACCUGAGUCCUCAGCAGCUGCGGGAGCACCACGCCCCCAUCAUGAUCUACCAACCCAAAGAUUUCUUCCGCGCCCAAGUCCAGCGGGAGUCCUCGCUCACCAACACCAUGGGCGGCUACCGAGAGAGCUUCAGCAGCAUUCUGUCUUUCGGCUGCGCUGAAGUUUACCAGCAGGGGACUCUGGGGACGGACAUUCACAUAUCAGAGGUCCCCCUGUUGGCUCGCAGGAAGCUCUGCCGCAUGCUGGACCCUCCGGACGCUCUGGGGAAAGACUGGUGCCUGCUCGCCAUGAACCUCGGCCUCACAGACUUGGUGGCCAAAUACAGCAACGGGACACCAAACGGCACCCCUGAGCUGGACUCAGACCCGGACUCCCAGCAGGCCGUGCUGCAGCCCAGCCCGACUGCGGCGCUGCUGCAGGAGUGGAGCGGGCGAGCGGACAGCACGGUGGGCGUGCUGAUGGCCAAACUGAGGGAGCUCGGGCGCCGAGACGCCGCCGACUUCCUGCUCAAAGCUUCCCCUGUUUUCAGGGUCAACAUGGAAGCGCUGGUGGGGGCCGCCAACGGCUACCCGCCCACCUGCAACGGCGGCACAUCGUACAACUCCAUCAGCUCCGUCAUAUCCCGCUGAACUGAACGGGGUCGCCAAAACGUCACGCAGUUUGAUGUGACAUUUCCCCUGAAACAGGACUCGUGUGUGAAUGAACAUGAAGUGCAAUCGUUCAGCUGCUCGUCCCUUAAUCGCUCCAUUAAGUUGGCGUGUAACCCAGAUGUCGUGUUUGUGCUCUCCACGCCUGUACAGCGGACCUUCCCUUCCACGAUGAAUGUUGUGAAAGAGCUGAUUGUCCCGAGCUCCAAAGAGGAAUCCUGUGCUUUUAUUCUGUUCUUAAUCUUGUUGUGCUGCUUUUUAAUAUCCCUCCGACUCUACUGCACAUUGCACUCAUCUUAGAGCUAAAAGACAGAAAAACUCUUUAAUAGUGAUCAACUCUACAUUAAGGAAUGGACGCGGUUAAAAAAAGAUGGCCGCCUCACGUUUGGACCUCUUUCUUGUCGGAGGCCGUCAUCUCUCCAUCCACCACAGUCACGUAUUAUCUCCCUCCUCGCUUCUGUUUUACUGAUGUGACAUUUGGGCCGUGCAGCUUAGCGUUUAAUAAAUUAACAGCAUUUUUCAGUGUGCCUUUGUGGCCUUCUACCUCCCUAAAGAGCACAAAUAGUCUUCUUAUUAAUAUUUUAAAAAACACAGUAGUUCUUUCUAAAGGUUUGAAGAACUGUGCCUUGUUGACACUAAUGGUAAAAAUUUAUUUCAAUCAAGUCUUAAAAUGGAGAUUAACGAAGGAAGAAGUACUGAAUCUCGGCUCAUGUUGCAAAUCAUUUAGGUGAAUAAAAAACAAACAGAAAGCUGAAAUCAGAGAUCAGAGUUGUGCUGGUUUCUGUUUAGUGUUUGGGAGAUCAAACAUCUUAUCGUAAGCGUGGAGUCGAUGAGAUGCUCUGUGGGAAACAGUCAUGUUUUAAUUGCUGUAUCUGUGGGUUUAUAUCUUUUUUAAGUAUUAUUUAUUCAUUAAUCCGACAAUUUAAAUCUUCUCAUUGUUGAUACAUUUUUGGUGACACUUUAUUUUACAGGUCCCGUAAUUUUUCUGGUUCGCCCUGGUUCGCCUCGUCAAAAAGCCUGUGGGAUUUUUCCAUUGGAUUUCAGAUUAUUGCAGAAGAUACGCUCUGUGGUUUAUGAUAAUUGCACAUUUUAUACAGAAUUAUAAUCUCCAAAAAUGAACACCACUUUUAUAAUCUUUAAAGCCUAAAUGCAACUGUCAAAAACAGAAAGCAAAUGUUAGGCUAUUAAAGAACUACGCUACGGUCGCAUGACUAACGUGGCCACCGAGAUGAGAUUGUUUGGCGUGAAUUUGGCGAGCCAUUUUUUUAGCUUUUUUUUAAAACACAUAAAAACUUCACAGUUCAUGAGUGGGGUAUUUAUUGACAUAUUUGAUGUAUUUUUUUCUGAAAUUAUCACUAAAUUAAGAAAUUGUGCUUUCCAGAAAAUUUACAGAGUUUACCGUUUCAUCAGUUUCUUGCUUGGAAAUCUGAGUCAACUACGGGUCCUGCAAAAUAAAGUGUAACUAUAAAUGUUAUUAAUGUUCACGUAGAAGUCUAUUGAGUUUUUUCGAUUCACACAAAAGGAUCUUUAGCCAUUUUAACAGAAACAGAGGAGGGUUUUUUUCCCAAAGUACAGUGUCUUAUUGAAGGAUGCAGAUCCUUCAAACACCAAAAUGUCUUUGUUGUAAAGGGUCACACAAAGUUACGAGAUGUUAAAAAUCAUGAUGGCAGACAGGGUGGAGCUCAGCCUCCCUCACUUUGAAUAGUAAGUGCGUCCAAAAUGAUAAAUAAUGAUGUAAUUUCUAACAUUUUCUACUGAGCGAAAAGGUAAAUUUAUUAAAUCCAGUAAACACCCUAAACUGCAGCUUUUUAAUGCUUUUCUGCACCGGUGAAGUUACCGUCCACAGUGUCAGAUUCGCACGCAGCGGCAUGGACGCCGCUUCUGUCGAGCUGCAUUUGAGCUUCGCUCAGUAUCGCUGUCAGUGUUGGUCGGGCGUGCGUGGCUUCGCAUCUUCUUUCACUUUGUCUUUUUAUAUCAUGAAGCCUGGCUCGGUCAGCAAAAGCAAAGGAGAAGAUGGCAUGAAGUUAGUAUUGUGAGCCAAAAAAAGGCUAGAAAUGUCCUCUGUGUGAGCUGAUGUUUUAUAUUUUGACCAG